AUGAAGGUCACUCCGGUCCUCCUAGCGCUUGCGCUCGCCGUCGGUGUCACCAUCGCUGCCGGCUCAGACACCGUUGCGUCUCUCUCCAAGCCAGAGGUUAACCCGCCGCUCUCGCUCAUCCACCCCGGGCCUGCUGUCGUCGCCCGCCCCGCCUUCCCGCGCACCAAUAUCGAGCGACUUGCGCAGGGCAGGCCACUCAAGAAGCCCCGCCGCGCAUCCCCCACUCUGCAGGCGAAGCGUCAGGGGUCGUCGGUGUCCUAUGCGAUCCGUGUGGACAACGCUGCCAAUGGUGACGUGCUCGGAUACGUCGGGUCGACGUUGAACGUGUAUGGAGAGUAUGGAGUCACGUCCGACCCCGCCGAAGCUCUCGCAAUGAUCGGUAGCCCGGCAGAAAUCAACGAGUAUUCUAAUAUUGCGAUCGCCGGGCUCUUCCCUUACCUCGGUGGUGUCCUUGGCUACGCCUCCACCUCACCUGACUUUGCCCUGGGCUCAUAUAAUUAUGCAUACCUCGGUGGUGUCUUCAUCGGAUCUGGCAAUGGAACGAACUCGGUCACCGAGGCGACUGGGCUCCCCCCGACCCUCUUUCAGAGCCCCAUUUGGACGUACGACUACCUCACGGGCCUGCUCACAGCGCAAUGGAGCAACACUAAUCACAGCGAGCCCACUACGGAGAUCGUGUACUACCUGACCGAUGACGCCAUUAUCCUGACGGGCGACUCGGGCGUCUUUGAUGAAACCUUCGGCAACUCUUUUCGCAUCGCACUUCAAAUCGUCCAGAUUCCCGACACCCCUUAA